UCAUAUCGCUUCAACGAUUCUUCUUCUAUUUCUGAACAAAAUAUGCACGGUUCAUUGUUAUCAAAGCUCCAUUGAUCACAGGGGGUCAAAUACAUGUAUUUCAAGAUUUAGCCUACGGAAUCUUACGUUGACCGUUGACGUAGGCAAGUGUACAUGUACAUACAAAAUGGCAACUUUUUUUAGUUUUCAGAAUAUAAGCGCUCUAAAAUCGACCCUGGCUCUUUUCCUGCAAACGUGUUUUGUCCUGGGCACGAUCAAGUCCAUCGCUGUGUUUUUACCAGAACUGGAACGGAAUUUAGGACUAACCUCAACCGAUAUAGGACUAGCUCUGGGAUUGUUCGAUGCCUUUGCAUUUGUUCCAGGUCCAGUCGUUGCCUACCUGUACCAAAGGCUUCAUGGCGGCUACCGUAGAGGCCUUGUGAUGACGGGUUCAUUCUUGGCACCGGGAGGGCUUCUCAUGGCGUCUUGGGCUACCAAUAAUGUUGAACUAGAUGUUUGUCUCUCAGUUGCUGGACUCGGUUCCAACAUCCUGUCGGUUUCACUCGUAAUUACCCUUAGUGACCAAUCUGGUGAUGCCUUUGGGAUCUUUUACGGUGUUGGCAAAUCGGGAUAUGCCUUCGGGAUAGCCCUGGUGCCGCUACUGGCUGAUUUCCUGAUGGACAUCUAUGGCUGGAGAGGUUCCUUACUAAUCAUCGGGGGCAUCAUGGCCCAUCUGAUCCCAUUGACCUUGAUGGUGGAUAUCAACGCAGGGGCGUCCUGCACGAUGAUCAGGGAAGCACCAGUAACGGUCGACGAACAAUCAAUUUGUGGUGAUACAAGACUUCUUCAGGAAGCGUCACUUCUUCAAAGGGAUAAAGCACCGACGGACGGUUUUAAGGCCGAUGUUACACCUGCAAAUAUCGCCACCGGGAGUGAAAAUGGCAACGACCCCAUGGAGGAAGUCAACGAAGAGACACUGCGUGAUGAUGCAAAAUUAAUGGAGGGACCAUCCACUAGUCAACGACAUCAAGCAAUUUCUAAUUUGUAUCGUAAUAACAAAGUCGGUCAGAUGAACUGCUCUGGGCUAUAUGCCAUCACUUGUCGAAUCCUUAGCGAUUCUAUCUACAACCGAGAUCCCUGGAUGAUUCUUUUGAUGUUAGUUACAAUGGUGUUCGCUAUGGUAGACGGUGGUUGGCACGCGUUUCUUAUCCCACGUGCGGUCGGCCGAGGUAUCUCGACGACCAAGGCUCUGUCCCUAGCUUACUCGGCGGCGACUGCAGCCUUCAUCGGUCGUUGUUUCGGAGGACUACUCUUGAAGUACAAAAUCUUUUCCGGGCAGUACUGGUUUCUGUUUCUUACCUUCCUCAACAUCACGUCACUGCUAGCUGAUAUAUUUGUGCCUAAAUUCGCUCUGAUGAUUGUGACGUCGUUCAUUAUGUCAAUAACGAUUGCCGAGCGGAACAUUCUUCUAUUGGUGAUCUGCAAAGACAGGGCUCCGGAGUCCGAAUUUCCCGUCAUACUAGCUUCUUCCGAGAUUGUGUUCGGACUAGGAGCUUUCCUUGGAGCUUCCUUAUCAGGUUACGUGGCAGACUUGACCGGUACUUUCAACGCUUCGUUUAUAUUUAUCGCAGCGGUCGACGCGGUUGUAUUCUGUCUCAUGGUUCCACCCAUAAUCGCUGAGAGAUCUCAAGAACAUGAUAUAAUAACAUUGUGAACUGAAGAAAUAGUCUAUCGAAAGAACAUAAAAGAAUAAUAUUGUGAAAGGACAUGAUGUAAUUGUGAACCCAAGAAAUAGUGUAUCAAAAGAACCUGAUAUAAUCAUACUGUGAACCGAAGGAAUAUUCUAUCCAAAGAAAAUAACGAAGGCAUGAUAAUAUUACUUUAAUAUCGUAGGUACAUGUAGUAAUAGUUGUGAUAGUCGUCGUCGCAGUAGUAGUAGUAGUAGUAGUAGUAGUAGUAGUAA